GCAGCUGUAAAUAUAUAUGAAGCAUGUUAUGUACGUGGCCAGUUUGAAAGUCUUGUUGGAGAUAGGAGGAGACUUUCCUGACAAUGUUGACUAAGGCUACAGUUCUCUUGGCAAUCAUUACCCUAGUCGUGGGUGUUGCUGUCGACACCGACUACUUCAAGUGUCACCGGGACCUCUGUCGUCGUGGAGAACAGUACUGUGUGGAGGAGAGACAAAGAUGUUACCACUGCGCUGACGUAGCUCACCUGUGUAAUACAUCCGAGAUCUCGCGAGAAUGCGACAGUUAUUGCAACCGAGUUACACUGGAAGAAAUGACAAAGAAGAAAGACAAGACGUUUUCCGAAAUGACAGACGUAAAAACAAAACUACACAGUGAACAAAAUACAACAACAAAGAUGAAGAUGACGAUCACAAAGUUGAACACGAUGCUGUCCCAGUUGAAUGAAUCACGGAAUGCCUUGUUGGUUGACAAUAGGGAAUAUAAAAGACGCCAAACUGAGCUCGAAGAUGUUGUCAAGCAGAAUGAGCGGUUGAGUGUCAUCCUAAUCGGCGUGUGUACAGCGUCUGGUGUGUUGGGGGUUGUGGUGAUCAUCCUCACUGGGAUCCUUUGCUCCAGAUGGUGCAGGAAACAAGAUAAAGUCAAAUCUCCGCCGCAACAUGGAACUGAGUGCCACAGUGUCACAGCGCCAGAGAAGGAGAAACUGAUCUUAUACCAACUGCCCGGUCAACUUCCUGCCCUGCUAGAAGGUGCAGGAGACUAUGUGACGAUAGACACGAAGUCUCACACAGUCGAUGCUGAAGGUGCCAUCAUCUCCCGUGCAUCAAGACCAAAGAUGCAGCCUUCCUGCAUCGGCGACAUGAACUGCAACAACGGCAGUGCACCACCGGCAUAUGAGACAUAUCUGGACAGUGGACAUGCUUGUUGAGAUGCUUCUGUCGAGAAGGAGAUGAGAAUACGGACCUACUGUCCGCAAACACCGUUUCACUAUAGGCAGAGAUCAUGCAUGAGAUUUGGCUUCUUGGAACACUCCUGAAUCACAGAUACUUUGGGGCCGAUUAUUUCAUAUUUUAGGAGGAAGCAAGGUUUUUUUUGUAAGGGGACAAACAUGUUGUCGGUCACUACAUCAUGAACUACUAUUUUGACAACACUAUUUAUGGGUCAUCCAUUGUAUAUAACAAACACUGAUUUCUUUUUUAUAACCUGUGUGUUGUUCUCCAGUAUUUUGUGAAUCACAUCCUGAAAAUCCAAGAAAGCCUCCUCCACACAAACACCUCCAAAAAUAGCAAAUAGCUCAAGCUGACCAUUAAGAUUAAGACGAUGUUGUAUUUAAACAUGCGUCGUUUACUGUAAUAGCAUGUGUUGUACCUUAGCCACGAACAUAUCUUAUCAUCAGUUUGAUAGUAAUUCAGAAAACAUCGCCGCGAAUAGCUGCAAAAUUGCUGAUGCGGCGUUAAGCAAUAUUCACUCACUCACUCAUUCACAAACACAUGCUUAUGAUAUGGUGGGUAUCGCACAAUUGACUCUUAGGUGUGUUAUCUCUGGCGUUGACGUUGUGGUUAUAGAAAAGGCUUUUUCGCUUUUAUUUGUAUAAUAAGUUAUGGUUUUCAAAUACAGCAGUGAUAAUGAUUAAGAAUAACACAAGUAACUGGACAUUUGUUACAAAUAAAUAGUAAGUGUGUUAUUUGUAAAGAAUGGCCAGUUACGUGUGCGUUAUCUGACUUAAAUUACAGCACCAAAGUAUCAGAAUUAUGCAAAAUCAGAUUUAAAAUACAGUGGACUACGUUUAUAACGAACACUCUUAUAACGAACUGACGGAUAUAACGAUGUUAUUUUUUGGUACCGAACAUUUGCUGUUUAUACAUGUAUAUAUGCUUAUAACGAACCUCGUUUACAUCAAACUAAAAUCAGUGGUCCCUUGGAUCAUGAGUUCGUUAUAACCGUAGUUUACUGUACAGCCUAGAAGUUAAGAUAAAUAAAUAAAUAAAAGUAAAUACAGUGUAAAUACAUAUAUGCUGCACCGAAAUUACAUGCAGAAAAUUCGUAAUACACGUGCAUUACACUCUUUAACCUGAAGGGGGCACGGGUGGCCCAGUCGUCUGAGGCGCCGCGAUUCGCUGUGCUGAGUUGCGUCCCUUGGGCACGCCAGAAACCUAUGAUUGUGGGUUCGAAUCCCGGUUCGCCCCGAUUAUGUUUCUAGGUUUGUCAGCACCGUACCCGUUCUCGUGGGUUUCACCGAAGUGGUAAACGUCUGAGACCUGCAUCACUUCGGGCUUUCCUCCCACAUUAAGCUGACACGCCGUGAUAUAACUGGAAUACUGUUAAAAGCGGCGUUAAACCCAACUCACUCACUCACUUAAACCUCAAUGUCCGUAAACAUUUGAACUAGACCUAUAUUUUACUGCACGUUUAUUUUGUGCAAUUUGAUAAUUGAAGCCACUAUAUUCGUAAUGCGCGUGCUUUGAAUUAAUACACGGGCUUAAAAUGUGCAUUGUAGAAAGUAGGUCAGUGAAGUGUCAGCUCGUUACACAUGAAAAAUAGUGCAGCGUCAUAGUUAUAUUAUAAUACAAGUCCAUUCAACGGAAGGUGUUGGAGAAGAGAACACAAAUGGAUCAUAUUAUGUCAACCAUCAGAACAUUAUCAUAGCGUCACCUCAAGUUAAGCCGGAUCCAGUAUUUUCAAUUGCUCGUUCAAGGUUUCAGUUCAGAGGUUGAAAUUAAUGCCUUACGAGAACUUGACACUUUGUCAUUGGGAUAAUCAGUUUAUUGACAUAUUGGUCUUCACGUAAGAAGAAACUGGACCAGUAUGGUUGUAUUCGGGAGGUGAGAUCUAAACUUGUUCAGCUUGUGGUUUUGCCCAAAGGAUGCUGCGCUUGGAACGAGGUCUGACGUAUCGUUGAUUCGGGAUCCACAGCAACCUCACGUCAUUAACCCUACUUUGAAUGGCAACAGCACUAUUGUCGUGGUAAUGGGACUUUUGUCACGAAAGAAAUGUAGAACUUAAAGUUUAAAGUGUCAUAUUUUAAUUUGUUAGCAUAAUAUGAUGAUUAAUGAAUGACAUACCACCCAGUGUGUAAAGGUAAACAUAUUAAGUGCCGUUGUGCGCGGUUUAAAUAAGCGGUAAGGCAGCUAGUCGUCAGCACGCGACACAUGGAACACUCCAUUAUUUUCCUGAAAAAGAGAGAAGUGAUUAUCGUUUAGUAAGCAUAACAUUCUUACUUUAUAUUCCAGGGCCUCUUACCACUAAGCGAUCGUAACUCUAAGACAGUCGUAAGUCUAUGUUAAAGUAUGAUAGUUACGAUCGUCUUAGCGCUACGAUUGCUUUGUUAAACGGAUCCCAGACCUUGGCAGGUUAUUAGGCGGAAAUAAUCUCAGAGGUGACGGAUCUUAUUAAUUUGUUUCUCCCUUUUCAUUUUAUAUUUUGUUGUUGAUAUUAAAAUGUCAAUGUUGUACGUCAGUGGUGUUUAUGCUUCUUGUUAAAUGAUUUAUUCCUUAAAGAUGAGACAUUGUACUCCUGUCUUACGAAGUGUAAAAACCUCGCCAGCUCGACAUUCUGAACUCAACAUAUCACUAAAGCUAUGAAGUUAUGACCCUAGCAAAAUCAGUAUAUCUCUUUUGUAAUAUGUAUAUCGUGUCGCCACAACGGUAUUACGCUUGUCUCGAACAACGGAUAAUUCGAUAUAUCGACUAAGAAUACAUAAUGAAUUAUAUAUCAGUAUGAUAAUGGUAGCUUGCAAAGCGACAUUUUUGCCUAAUAGUUGUGUCGAACUUCGGAUAUCUCGAUGUAUUUCCGAUGGGCACAGGACUUCGAGUUAACGAGGUUUUGCGGGUUUCUCUUUUAUAAUAUGUAUGUGUUUAUAUAAGUUGAUAUGUGGUAGCUGGAGCACUAAGUGAUGUUGGUUUAAGAAGUGUAUCUUUUUCCAUAUUGGUGAAACUCACGAGGACGUGUGUGGUGUUGACAAACCUUGAAAAUAUAUUCAGGGCAAAAACGUAUUCAAACCCACAACAAUAGGCGUCUGUCACGCACAAGGGCAGCAAGGCAUUUAUAUUUCUCUCUUAUUCUUAAUUAUCAAGAAAUAAAUGUUGUCAUAUAUGUACAUAUCUAAA